CCUCGAGGCCAGUAAUCAUGAUUGGAGUCAGAACGUAUAUCGUUCUUGCGCUCGUCGGAAGUGCCUUCGCUGACUACUUAAGCGAUGUCGGCAUCGAAACUGGGAACGGAAUCAGUGCCUUGUCGACCGAUGAAGUUUCUGAUCUCCCUGUCUACCGUGACGACCCUCCCCUGGUCAAAAUUUACAAGUCCGACGACGUGAUCGAUACAGCUCGCCUCGCUUCCACCGUCAGUGGGAUACCGAAGUUUGCCACCGAAAAUGAGAACCAAGGCGUCACCUACUACUCGUCGGAUACUACACCGGACCCUGCUGCCGACCUUGAACCUUCUACUGAUGCACGUUUCUACCAGCGCACCGGAUCCGUUACACCAGCGCCCGCAGCGUCGAAAGGCACGACAUAUUCCACCUUCACCCCUGGUCGAGCCAAUGUUGCUGCUCCGGCCGCAGUUUCGUCCUACCAGACCGCUUCAGAUAGGACACGAGACUACCAACCGGCGCACGGCAACAACCGUUUUCGCCAGCCUUCUGACUCUGGUGCCGUGAAUCCGUACUAUACGCGACGGUAUUCCCAGCCUGCAGUGUCUGCUUUCAAGAAGAAAUCCACGUUCUCUGCUGGCCGCCGGACCGGCGCUGCGCCGUCUUCCUUUAGUUCUUUCCAGUCCGGUUCAGGAUACUCGCGAGGGUACCAAUUACCUGCUUUCACGUAUACUGCCUCUGGUGUCUCAAGGUUACCAAAGUACGGUGCCUACAACUCUGAUCGACGGCCGUCUAACACAUACCAGCGUGGGAAUGCCGUGCGCAGGCCUCAGGCUAUAUCGCGCGUGACAAAGAUGGACCCGUUCCACUCUUCUCAGCAUACUACAGUUCACUAUGCUCCGUCCUCUGGAGCUAGAGGUUCAUCAGGGCCCACUUCUUUGCGUGCUCCAUCCUACAGCUCUGGCAUUUACCGUUCGCAAUACGGACAGGGAAGUGCCACCUACGGCCACAACUAUGCGCGAACUCGGGAUGUUCGAAACUACAGAAACUACCUCCGCAAAAAGUAAAUGCCGGAAGCACCAUGCAGAAUCUUCACGCCGCGCCGCUCUGUUGGUUCGGCAUCUGUAAAUAAAAUUAAGUUAUUUUUUAUACAUAG